AGCCAACGGGCGCGAUUCGAUUUCGCAGCGUGGUGGUAUAGCAGUCGCUGGUUCUUCCUUUCAGCUAUGCUGGGUUUUCUUUCCGCUCGUCAGGCCGGAGUAGAUGACCCGCUGAGGCUCCGCCGGGUGGAGGCUACGAGGAGGGUAUUAAGCUUGGAGUUAAAUAAGAACAAAGAUGUUGAAAGGAUUCAUGGGAGUGGGAUUAAUAUCUUGGAUAUUGAACCUGUUGAAAAUCGAUAUAUGUUAUCAGGUGGUUCUGAUGGUACUAUUGUAUUGUAUGACCUUGAGAACUUUAGCAAAACGCCAUGCUAUACCUGUAAAGUGAUUGGUUCUGUGGGAAGGAACCAUCCUGGUGUUCAUAAAUACAGUGUAGAGACUGUUCAGUGGUAUCCUCAUGAUACUGGCAUGUUUACCUCAAGUUCAUUUGAUAAAACACUGAAAAUAUGGGAUACAAAUACUUUACAGCCUGCUGAUGUAUUUCAUUUUGAUGGGACAGUAUAUAGUCAUCAUAUAUCUCCUGUUGCUACAAGACAUUGCUUAAUUGCAGUUGGUACCAAAAGCUCCAAAGUACAGCUUUGUGACUUCAAGUCAGGAUCUUGUUCUCACAUUCUGCAGGGUCAUACUCAAGAAAUUCUAGCAGUAUCUUGGUCACCACGUUAUGAAUUUAUUUUAGCAACUGGAAGUGCUGACAGUAGAGUGAAAUUGUGGGAUGUAAGGAGAGCAUCUGCCUGUCUACUCACUCUUGAUCAACAUAAUGGGGAGAAGUCAAAAGCUGCUUCCGAAGCAAUAAAUACUGCCCAUAAUGGAAGAGUCAAUGGCUUAUGUUUUACGAGUGAUGGGCUUUACCUUUUGACAAUUGGUACAGAUGAUCGCAUGAGACUCUGGAACAGUUCAAGUGGAGAGAACACACUGGUAAAUUAUGGGAAGGUGAGCAAUGAAAGUAAAAAAGGACUCAGGUUUACUGUAUCACAUGGCUGCAGUUCAGAAUUUGCAUUUGUGCCAUGCAGUAGCACUGUUGCUGUUUAUACAAUUUAUUCAGGAGAUCUAAUAACUACGCUUAGGGGACAUUAUAGUUCGGUUGACUGCUGUGUCUUUCAACCUAAUUUUCAGGAACUUUAUAGCAGUGGCAGAGAUGGCAAUAUUCUUGCCUGGGUGCCAUAUUUAAAGGAACGAGAACCUGAUGAUACUCGUGCUGAAAAGUUGCCCUCUAAGCAAUGCUUAAAUUCUGCAUAUGAAGACGCAUGGAGCAGCAGCGAUAAUGAGGCUGGAUGAAUUCUUACAUGACUGUUAACGUAAAUAUGAUAAAUUACACCACAUUUUUUUAAUGAAGGACAUUGACUAUCAGGAUCAGACACAGCUAUGCCUUUCAGGUUCUUAACAUUAAGAUUUCAUGAAUACUUUUCCUUUUUCUAUUUUGUCUUUGGUAAAUUUUACCCAACAACAUAUUUGCAUCUUCAUUUACAGUGAAGUAAGAAGGCAUUUCUUUGUGUGUGUUGCUUUCUUCUGUAAAAAUACAAUGGACCUGCUCAUGUUUUGUUCUUCAGUAGACCUCAGUUCCAUUGAUACUCAUUCAUAUGACAAAAUCUUUGUCUUAGGAUUUCUUAUACAGAGGUGCACUGUGUAUAUGUACUAUUUUUAUGGUUGGAUAUAUAGAAUAUGAAUAAAAGCUGAACAUCUUCGUUUAAGACAAAUAAUGGAUAUUUCAGUUAAUUGUCAAAUUAAGAAUGACAAAAAUUUAUAAGAAAUUUAUAGAAAAAUGUAACUAUUUGCCUCUGUCUUAAUGGCAAUCCAAUAAAUCUGUUUGCUAUUCAGUUCACAUAACAGAAUGUUUUUAGAUAGAAAAGAUUCUAGGACCUAAGCCUCUUAAUCUAGUCAGAUACUGUUGAAAAAAAAUUGACAAAAGUGCUUUUUUUGGCACUAGUAUCUGACAUACAGUACAUUGCACAGUUACUGACAUAUAAUAAAGUUGUUACCAUUAUUUCUGUUCUCAAUUGCAUCAAUGCAAUCAAUAUAAAAAAUUGGAAUCCUAGUUGGGUAUGUCUAAUUUAAUGACAAGAAGAACUAGGGGUGACAUGAUAGCAGUGUUCCAAUAUAUCAGCUGCUGCCACAAAGAAGAUAGACUCAAGCGAUUCUCCAAAGCACCUGAGGGCAGGACAAGAAGCAAUGGAUGGAAACUGAUCAAGAAAAACAACCUAGAACUAAGAAGAAAUUUCCUGAGUUGAAACAAUUAGUCAAUGGAAUGUCUUUCGUCUGGAAGUUUUUAAGAAGAGAUUGGACAACCAUUUGUCUGAAAUGGUAUAGGGUUUCGUGCCUGAACAGGAGGUUGGACUAGAAGACCUUCAAGUCCCUUCCAACUCUGUUAUUCUGUUAAUAUAUAGCUUUCCAGAUGCUAUUGAACUACAAUUUCCAAAGACAGUAGAGUAAAUAUAGUAAAAUACGUUUAUUCAGAUUUUCCUGAAUGAAUAUCUUAGUUAACUAUUGUUAUCUCUUAGUUGCUUUAACAACAUAUUCUGUAAGUUAUUUUCCUACUUUUAGACUAUAUGUUAGGUGCUAUACAUGAGGGGUCUCUAACCCCCAGGCCGCUGCCUACUACUGGGCCAUGACCUUUUUGUAACUGAGCUGUGGAAGCAGCAGGCGAGCCCACACCCAUCCCCCAUUUGCUUGAGUAGCAGGCGAGAACUGCAUGUGCAGUCCAUUUGCGUGAGCAGCAGGUGCACUUGCAGUGCUUUCGCAAAUGGAGCUGUGCGCCCGUGCAUUACAGCUGCUUGUACAGAACCAUCCCCUCUCCCCCACCAAUCUGCAAAGCCAGAAAGCUUGGGGAACUCUGCUAUACACUGUUCGCAUGUACAGUUCCCAUAGUAUUUAAAAGCUUAAAUGUUUCUGUCUUACAAAGUUCUCAGGGUAUUGCAUGUUUUAACAUCAAUUGGUAUGUUUCAAAACAAUACAUGUCUCAGUAAUAAUUCCAUGAUUUCAAAUUGACAGGACAUGUUUUCCACCAGAAAUUAUAUCGUGAAAAAGUGCUACUCAUCACUGCCAAAAGAAAAAAUGUCCUGCUGUCUGCUAGUGGGGCAAAUGAGAGAGGCAGAGCUAGUAUUUUCAUUCAUUUCCUUUACUAGAACUUGCUUACAUUAAAUAUCUAGUACACAUUUGCUUGUUGGGGAAGAGGAUUCCUUAUGUCAGAACUUGCAGUAUGGGAGAUGAUCUUGACAGAGAUAAGCAAGAACGUUGCCUGUAGAGUACAAUAAGACUUGCAAGUUUCUAUCAUUACAGUCAAUUUCAAGUAAUUUUAGCCUUCUUGUGGAUUGAUUUUCUGAUCUGGUUUACCUAAUGAGACUGACAGAACUAUAAAUACAGUAUAUAUUAAAACUAGGAAAAUGGUUUAUUCACAUAUAUUUUUAACCCACAAUUUAAAUUGGCUUUGACAAGUAUUUUAGAUAUGUUCCUACUGUUGGUAUGAGGCUUUCAUUGACAUGUUUCUCCAGUGGGAUACAUCCCUAAAGGUGGAUGAACCAACCUGAUUUGGUCAACAUGGAAGAGAUCAGGGUACCAUCAGGGCACAUCUUUCUAUCUCACAGUUAAUCAAAACAAACACAGUGGAAACUUGUGUCAAAAUUCUUUUCAAGAUACUUGAAAAACUGCUUUGCAAUGUUAGAAACAAUAGUCUCCCAAUAAAACAGCCUUAUUUUCAGUUCUUUCUCUACAGGAAAUCUAAGAACAUGACUGUCCCUUUGAAGUAGACGAGGUCAUGAAACAGACAAUAGGGAUUCCAGGAUUGCUACUUCAUUUUAAUAGGGUAUUAAUAGCCUUAUCUUGAACGCCUACCCAAGUUCCUGUUUGUCUUAUCUAGUGCUAAACAAAUCAAGGUGGGAUUGUGAUGGAGGGCCAAAUCAAUGUAACCUGAUUUGAUGUUUUCAAACUCUGUCACCUCAACUCCUCACGUUUCCCAGGAACAAACACUGCGCAGGUACAGAAAAUCACUUUCCUCGCCCUCCUGCAGCCACCAGCUAACUGAAGGAGCGCACAGCAAUUUCACAGAGCUCGAGCUAACUCAGCUUCUUUUCCCACCCCCUGCUGUGCAGUUAUUUAUAUAUGAUUUCCAAUUUACCCCAGACAGGCAUAGCCAAAGGGCCAGUUGUGGCCUGGGGGCUGUAAAAUGCCCAGGUGUUCUGUGGAGUAUGCAAAUCUUUUCUCCAAAUCCAGUGUGUCCCUUGAAGUUCUUUAGAGCAGAAGUUCAAUUAACAAGUGACAAAAAAGCAUUCUCAGACAUUAUCCUGUUCAACAUUUUAACUGGAUCAUGGGUGAGGUUAUGUGUGUCAUAACAUCAAUUGUUUUGGUUUAACAUUAAACCAAACUCAAAUCAGUUGUAUCAUGCAACUAGAGAUAACAGAAUUAACAGAAUAAUUCCUUUUCCAGCAAAAUAAAAUUUCAGUUAAAUUCCAUCAAAAUGAUUUUUUUUAACGAGAUUUGAAAUGGGCAGAAAAAGUGUGAAUAGAUUACCUUCCUUUUGCAAUAAACAGGACUAAUUAAAGCUAUCUACUACUUUUUGAAUUAUUGAUUUUGAAUUUGAAUACGGCUAAAGUAUCUAUGAUCAUACCAUUUUAUUCUUAUAAUGCCUUACUGGAGCAGUUAUGUGAGCAGAAUCUCUAUCUGUGGGGAAAACUGCUUAUCUAUGAGAAAAAUGGGGAAACUGAUAAAUAGGAAGCCUCUUAGGAGUAACAUGAAAGGCUGGAAAACCAUGUUUGACAUGUAAAGGUUUCUGUCGUAGAGUUUUUCUAUAUGCAAAGUACAUUGGAAAUUGCUGAUAAUUUAUAAUCUAAUCUGCAACAUAGUUGAAUGAAGAAUUAGUUUGCAGAGAGGUGGAUAUGAGAAACUGCCAAAGCAAAAAAUAAAUCAAUUUUCAAAAACAAAAUAAGCAUAUAUGAACUUGUCACACAGGAAAUUUGUCCUAUUUCAGGCCAAAUUCACACACAUUAAUUUUCAAGCUGUUUACUUUGGUUUUGUGGGUAACAACAGGGAGAAUGUGCACCAGUAAUACGUACAAAACAGUUUGUAUAAGAAAGAGGCCAAAACCAAACAGCACAGAUCAACAUAGUCCAGUCAUGGUACA